UCCGGUUUCUCUAAGUGUCGCAGGUCACUCCCUCCGUGCUGUCAGGAGCUCUUGACGCGGUUCAAACUUGACAGUCGCUCAGGAAUAGUUUCAUUUCGUCGAUUGUUUAGCAGUUUGUUUUUUAAGUUUUCAACGAUACACAGAUUUUAAUAGUGUUUUAGUGACUGUGUUGUGGCGGAUUUUCAACAUGAGGAGUUCUCGUGUUUUCUUCGAUUACAGUUGAAGAGCAACGGGGGAAAAUGUCCAGCUGAGCACUGGGAAUCUUUAAAAAACACACUUCGGGGCCUGUUUUUGUAAUGAUUGAUCAAUGCUGCCACAAUGGCGUUUAAGGCACAGGUUUUAUAUGACUUCACGGCUGAGCCUGGAAACAAUGAGUUGACAGUGAAAGAAGGCGAGACCGUCACUAUCACCAAUCAGAGUAUUGGAGGUGGCUGGAUUGAAGUACAGAACUCUAGCGGGGAAGUUGGACUGGUGCCUGAAGAUUACAUUGAGCUCAGUAAGCCAUUCUCUGUAUUCCAAGGAGCAGAAAGUGUCGCGCAGCCUCCAAAUUUAGGAAAUGUUGCGCCUACAGACCUGUCUUUCUUCGAUGCAUUUGCUCCUGCAUCGACACCCGCACAAAACCAGGUGGAUGCUGGGGGCCUGAGCCCCCAGCCGGAUACCCCUGACACCCCAGUUUCCCCCUUCCUUUCAUCCCCUGCGGAGGCUAAUAAUGGUAAUGAUCCCUGGUCAGUGUGGAAUGCAGACCCUUCAGGGGGCUCCAGCAACAACUGGGCAUCUAAUCCAGAGGGCACCCAGACACAGUGGAACACAGUGUCACAGGGCCACCCUCAGGCUUACCAAGGCCCAGGGGCAGAGUUUGAUGAGUGGGAUGAUGAAUGGGAUGACGUGAAGUCCACUGGAGGUUAUACAGAAUCAGAAUCUGGAGACAGUGGAGCAAUACAAAGAGGUGGAGCCCAUGGAUCUUCAAUGAAAAUAUCUCUGAACAAGUUUCCAGGGUUUUCCAAGUCGGGUCCAGAGCUCUACCUCCUUUCCAAGCAGCUUGUCAAAGGCAAAGACAGGUUAUCGAUUUAUAUGGGAGAAGUUGGUCCAGUGUGGUCUUACCCAGAAACCCAGCUUGACUGUGUUGUAGCUGAUCCCAAGAAAGGCUCAAAGAUGUACGGCCUCAAGAGCUAUAUCGAGUACCAGAUCACACCCAGUACCACAAACCGACCAGUCAAUCACAGAUACAAGCACUUUGAUUGGCUGUAUGAGAGGCUCCUGGACAAAUUUGGGUCAGCCAUUCCCAUCCCUUCUUUACCAGACAAGCAGGUGACAGGUCGUUUUGAGGAAGAGUUUAUCAAGAUGCGUAUGGAGCGGUUGCAGGGUUGGAUGACCAGGAUGUGCAGACACCCUGUUGUUUCCAGCAGCGAAGUAUUUCAGCUUUUCCUCACAUACAAAGAUGAGAAGGACUGGAAGAUGGGAAAGAGAAAAGCAGAAAAAGACGAGACGGUUGGAGUUAUGAUCUUCUCCACGAUCGAGCCUGAAGCUCAGUGUGAAGAUCUGGAUCCUGUUGAAGUGGAACAGAAAUGUGAGCAGUUCAGCAGGUUUACCAAAGCCAUGGACGACGGUGUGAAGGAAAUCCUUACAGUGGGACAGGAACAUUGGAAGAGAUGUACAGGACCUCUGCCAAAAGAGUAUCAGAGAAUUGGAAAAGCCUUCCAGAACCUCUCCUCUGUGUUCACUAGCAGUGGAUACCAAGGUGAAGCAACUCUGACUGAUGCCUUGACAGCAGCAGGGAAGACAUAUGAGGAGAUAGCCCAGCUGGUGGCAGAGCAGCCCAGGAAAGACCUUCACUUCCUCAUGGAGACCAACAAUGAAUAUAAGGGUCUUCUAGGUUGCUUCCCAGACACCAUUGGAGUCCAUAAGGCAGCCAUAGACAAGUUGAAGGAGGCUGACAAGCUGGUGGCCACCAGUAAAAUUACUCCUCAGGACAAAGUCACCAUGGCUAAGCGUACCAGCACCAUGUCUUACACCUUACAAGCGGAGAUGAACCACUUCCAUAACAACCGUAUCUAUGACUACAACAGGGUCAUGCAGUUGUACCUGGAGGAGCAAGCAAAGUUUUAUGAGAUGAUUGCUGCAAAGCUGAGACAAGCACACAGUCAGUUCACUACGAUGUGAAAGCAGUCUCGCACUACAAGACAAGAAGUUAAACCAGUCCAACACCCAAAAUGUUUUUGCUUAUGUUGCGGUUUUGACUCUCCCUUUAAUAUAAAUUUUGCUCUUCUAUUUCUAUCACUCUAACCAUGUCUCAUCUUUGACUGCACAUGCCAAUAGUGCUAGCUGGUGGUGUUUUUUUUUUUUUUGUUUUCAGUCAUUGCUCUUGCAAGCUUAUGCACUGUUAAAGCUACAAAGGUUUUAACAUAAGUGGUUUGCAAAGAGCAGCAAUGUUGGCACAUAGAGUAUGACACAUGAUUUACAUGUGCACUUUCCUCUGUCCAAGGUCCACCGCUUGUAACACAGGACAUAAACAUCACACUCUGAGCAGCCAUGAAUUGUAUCAUGAGCUAAACGACCGUGUUGGUGACUGUGUGGUACGGUUUUUGUACAGCUUUGGGCACAAAAACUCGGACUAUUUUAAAGAAAUAUUCUGCCGUUUGUCACACAUUCAUGUUAAACAAAAAAGCCUAAAUAAUCUACAAAUAUGGCAACGUCUCAUGUGCACAGUGAUGUCAUAAUGUUCAAACAUAAAACCAAAGUUGCUCUUUCCUUGGUUUGUAGGGACAGCCAAGCUAAAAGUAGCUUCAGCUGCUUAUUAAAGCUUUAUUGUGUAUUUCUUAGCAAACAGCAGGUUUUUUGUCUUUUAAAUGUGCAUCUCUAAACACUGUUAAUGUUCACCAACUUUGUGCAUAGAAGCAGGGCUGUUAAGUCUCAGAAGAGUAGGUAAAGGCAGAGUGUGUGUCCUCUCUGUGUGUUCUCUGUAUGUCCACUGCUGGCAGUGCCUUACUCCUUUUCAUCCUGCACUUCCUCAAAGGCUAACAGGAAGCUCCACCUUCUUCCUGGCUUGCUCAAAUUUCUCAGGCCUUUGAGAAACUAGAAAUGCUUGAAUCAGUUCCAGUCCCCCUAUGUGCACAUUAUAUGACACUGCAGUUUACAUUUCAGGAGACAAAAUGUGGAAUAAGAAAAUAAGAAUCCAAGUUGGGAUUUGUUCUUCUUUUGUACAUUUAACCUUGAUAUCAGUGAAUCAAAUUUACCCCAUCAGACUUUGCAAUACAAGUUUCCUCUCCCCUCCUACUCCUGAAGAAUUUUUGUCCCCGAUUGAAUGGAUUAUGGUUUUUGAAAUUUAGUUUAGACGCAACAAAUGUUGACAGUCAUGGAUUAUUUCUUGUAUGAAGUCUUUUUCUUUUUUGUUUUUUGCCACACAGUUUUCAAUCAGCCUCUAAUCUUGUUCACCAUUUGUUUUCUUAUCACUUGAUACAUCAAAAGUAUACAUAAAUAUAGAUAUAUAUAUAUGUAUGUAUUCUAUUUCAGGUGCUUCUUGUCAUUAAGAUAAUGUUUUAUGUAUAGAAGUAUUUGCUAUAUGGUGUUACUGAAAAAAGCAAAAACUUGUUUGAUUUAUUAAACAAUGAUUUGUA